GCCACGCUGGCCCUAGCGACCGCAAUUAAAAGGGCAACGCCAUCGACGCGCCGCUUUACAACAAACUAACCUGCGGCAGGCAGCGUAGCCAACCCGUUUCUCACAGAACUCUCACACUAUACAUCCCAUCCUACAAGGGUUCAAGACUGAAGCUCGAGGAACUCACCAUUUGCCCGAAAUUGGGACAGGACUUCUCAAACUGCCUUCGGAAAACAAAACAAAACAAAAAACCCUAAAGGCGGAGGACAGUGAAUUCUUAAUUGUUUGGAUGCUUAAAGAUUAUUUGAAGACUGCUUUUGGAAUCAAAAAGCAUGGAUCCCAGCAGUGACUACCAUUUCCUCAAUCAGAUUUUGUGGAGAAGGGUGAAACUCACGUUGGUUUGUGGCAUCUUUGAGGGAGUGCUCCAGCAUGUCGACCCUAACAAGAUUGUUGUCCUGAAGAAAGUGAAGAAUGUGGAGACUGGUCGAAGUGUCCCAGGCGUGAAGAUGUUUUUUGGGCAUGAGAUUGUAAAUGUGGAACUACUGGAUGAAGUGGAACAAGGUGCAGUGAGAGAAAAGGCAUCUUCUGUUAGUCUAAAUACAGAAAGAACCAAGACAGAUAAAAUGAAAGAUGAAGACCUAAAUGCAUGUGAGCCUCCUUCUCCUGCCCCUGAGGCACCGAGCACCUCUCUGCUGAAUGGCCUCAAGUACAGCCUGUCAGAAGAAGAGGAGGUGACAUACAACGUCAUCGAUCAGUUCCAGCGGAAGUUUGGUGCUGCCAUGCUCCACAUCAAGAAGCAGAGUGUCCUGAGUGUGGCAGCAGAAGGAACUAAUGUGUGUCGUCAUGGGAAACUAUGUUGGCUUCAGGUGGCCACAAACAGCCGAGUUUACUUAUUUGACAUUUUCCUUCUGGGAAGUCGUGCUUUCAACAAUGGACUUCAGAUGGUAUUGGAAGACAAGAGAAUUUUGAAGGUUAUCCAUGAUUGUCGUUGGCUUUCUGAUUGCCUCUCUCAUCAGUAUGGAAUUUUGCUGAAUAAUGUCUUUGACACACAGGUGGCAGAUGUCUUUCAAUUCUCCAGGGAAACAGGCGGCUUUCUUCCAAACUGCAUCAGUACUUUACAGGAGAGUUUAAUCAGACACCUUAAAAUAGCCCCGAAAUAUCUCUCCUUUCUGGAAGAGAGACAAAAACGGAUUCGGGAAAAUCCAGAAGUGUGGUUCACACGACCUCUUUCACCCUCUUUACUGAAGAUUUUGGCCCUGGAAGCUACCUACUUGCUCCCCCUUCGCUUGGUGCUCCUGGAUGCCAUGAUGUCCGACCUAACCACCCUGGUGGACGGGUACCUGAACGCCUACCGGGAGGGGUCUGCAGACCGGCUCGGAGGCAUGGAGCCUACAAGUAUGGAGCUUCCAGAGGAACUGCGUCAACUCAGGGACUUCCAGAAGCAGCGCAGAGAGAGAGCUGUAAAAGAAUAUCAGGUGAACGCACAGGGACUCCUAAUAAGGACUGUGCUGCCUCCAAAGAAGUCAGUGACAGAGACGUCAGCGAAAGAGGGAAAAGUAAGAGGUUUCCUACUUUGUAAAAAUUCUAGGCUAGACAAAGCUCCAAGUUUUAUGUCUCACAAGGACGUAAAUUUGCUGAAGGAAGAAUCUAAGAGUAAACAAGCUACAACAGAACCUCAACAUCUGCCUCCCUUAGAGGAAGAAGCCAGUGAGGAUGCCAGGAACAAACUCAUUUGCCCUGAGUCAGAGGGGUUGGAGGACCAGGAAAUAACUCAAAAAGAACACCUUAAACUACCGAAACAGAAGUUUCAGACAAGAUUGUCUUUGAAAGAGGAGAUAGAACAGUUACUGACGGUGAAAAACAAGGAAGAUCUAAAAUGCGCAAAACAAGAUGUUUCAGUGUCUCCUUCCCUUCCUCAGGAAACCAGAGGCUCUCCAAGUGACACCUUUCCUCCUCUUAGAAAAGCUGUGCUUCCCACGCUUCCUCCUUGUCCAGCUUUGGAGAAGACUGAUUCCUGGAUAAAUCCUUCUCUACAUCUGCCCUAGAGAUCUGAAAUGUGUUCCCCAGGCCGUCAAGGUGGCUCACUUCCCCUGCCAUCGGGGCCUUCCUCAGUGGAAAUUUAUUUGUAAAUUUAGUUAUGCCUCCUGCAGAGGCUUCAGGGAAAAUUGUGCCCCCUUGCUUACUCCUACAUUCCUGGGAUUUGAUUAGGAUGGGAAUGAAUAAGUUAAAUAAUGGAAGAAGUAAAUUCUCUGAUUAUGUCACUGUGCAGAAAUGUUCCCAGUGGCCAGAGUGAAUUAUUUCUCAUAAUUUGGGUUUGGAGGAUUUGAAGAAGAGAAAAAUGUUGGGCUCAGUAUCUGGAAGAAUCUGUACUUUUAAAAUUUUCUUCUGUUUUUUGGUUUGAAGGGGGUUGGUAAAACUCUCAGCCAUAAGUUUAACAAAAUUGGUACCCGACAACUUUACCAGUAUUUUUUUCCUUUUUAAAAUAGUAUUAACUUUAAUUUAUCAAGUAGACCUCAAUAAAGCUGAAAAAAAAUAUUAGCUUUAUUUUUGAAUUUUGGCUAACAAAUAUUACUACAGAAAUCAAUAUCCCAGUUUUAAUUUCUUUUCAUUCUAUUAACUUUUAGCAGAUCUCUGUCUGUUUUCCUAACUAAGCGAGGGUCUGAGUGUGUGUGUUACAGAAACGUGAAGUUUGAUUCUACCCUGUUUGCCUGGAGUUGGUGUCCUUUCUUAGGGUGAAAGGAAGGCAGCUUGCACUGAGCCUUUUUUAUUGACUACUUGCACGUUGUUCAGAUUCGUUUGUGUGCAAAAACCAAUAAACCUGUUUUGGCAUUA